AUGCCGGAGGUGUGGGGAGAGGAGGUGUGGGGAGAGGAGGUGUGGGGAGAGGAGGUGCGGGGAGAGGAGGUGCGGGGAGAGGAGGUGUGGGGAGAGGAGGAGCGGGGAGAGGAGGUGCGGGGAGAGGAGGUGCGGGGAGAGGAGGUGUGGGGAGAGGAGGUGUGGGGAGAGGAGCGGGGAGAGGAGGAGCGGGGAGAGGAGGAGCGGGGAGAGGUGCGGGGGAGGCACUACGGCACUCCAGGCACCUAUGGCACUCCAGGCACCUGUGACACUCCAGGCACCUUUAGCACUCCAGGCACCUGCGGCAUUCCAGGCAUCUGUGGCACCUCAGGCACUCCAGGCACUUGUGGCACCCCAGGCACCUGUGGCACUCCAGGCGCCUGUGACACCCCAGGCACCUGUGGCACUCCAGGCACCUGUGACACCCCAGGCACCUGCGGCACUCCAGGCACCUGUGGCACUCCAGUCACCUGCUGCACUCCAAGCACCGGUAACACUCCAGGCACCUGUGACACUCCAGGCACCUGCGGCACUCCAGGCACCUGUGGCACUCCAAGCACCGGUAACACUCCAGGCACCUGCGGCAUUCCAGGCAUCUGUGGCACCUCAGGCACUCCAGGCAGUUGUGACACUCCAGGCACCGGUGGCACUCCAGGCUCCUGUGACACUCCAAGCACCUGUGACACUCCAGGCACCUUUAGCACUCCAGGCACCUGCGGCAUUCCAGGCAUCUGUGGCACCUCAGGCACUCCAGGCACCUGCGGCACUCCAGGCACCUGUGGCACUCCAGGCUCCUGUGACACUCCAGGCACCUAUGGCACUCCAGGCACCUGCGGCACUCCAGGCACCUGUGGCACUCCAGGCACCUGCGGCACUCCAGGCACCUGUGGCACUCCAGGCACCUGCGGCACUCCAAGCACCGGUAACACUCCAAGCACCGGUAACACUCCAGGCACCUGUGGCACUCCAAGCACCGGUAACACUCCAAUCACCGGUAACACUCCAGGCACCUGUGGCACUCCAAUCACCGGUAACACUCCAAUCACCGGUAACACUCCAAGCACCGGUAACACUCCAGGCACCUGUGACACUCCAGGCACCGGUGGCACUCCAAGCACCUGUGACACUCCAGUCACCUGCUGCACUCCAAGCACCUGUGACACUCCAGGCACCUGUGACACUCCAGGCACCUUUAGCACUCCAGGCACCUGCGGCACUCCAGGCACCUUUAGCACUCCAGGCACCUGCGGCACUCCAGGCACCUGUGACACCCCAGGCACCUGUGACACCCCAGGCACCUGUGACACCCCAGGCACCUGUGACACUCCAGUCACCUGCGGCACUCCAAGCACCUAUGGCACUCCAGGCACCUGUGGCACUCCAAGCACCGGUAACACUCCAGGCGCCUGUGACACUCCAGGCACUACGGCACUCCAGGUUAGUGUUAACUGA